UUUGUUUCUAGUGUGCUUUGGCGGCCUUUUUAUUCCUUCUGCUUUUAAUUUGGGGUGGAGAAAAAGCUAAUGAAUUAAGAAUGAAUCUCCUCUCCAGUAACUUACCGCCUCCCGCCCCAUCUUAAAGUUGGCUCUCUUUGCAAGUUCCAAAAUUGUUCAAGACAUGCGGGGGCGGGGCAGGUAUGGGACACAUUCAGGACACCUAAAUCUGAAGUCAGCAUCUAAGGGAUCACUUGGAUGGGAAGAUUUUCUGAAGCUCCCUUGCAGCUUCCUGGGCGUUUUCCUGCGGCCACUCUGCAUUUUCAGCUCAUUUCUUUAUGCUGCUGCUUCCCACUGAUCUGUCACGCCCGAAGCCAUCUGGCUACUGCCCUAGGUGCCCGAAUCAGGGUGAAUUCCACGAGAUUCACUAGCGGUUUUGUUCCUGUCCAAGGUCCUUCAGCUGAUCCAGCGUGAGGCGCCAACAAAAGAGACUAGAGGUGCCAUUGGGGGCGGCGGCGGGAAGAGGAACCGAGUUUGAGUGUCCUGGCUGGCCAAGCCUACUUUCUGGAGGGAAGGGGCGGGGGAGUCGCUCCGGCUGGGGAACGCCUGCUGGCCAGGAGGGGUUAGCCGAGUUCCGGUUGCUGCGUCCCUCCUCCGCACCCACGGGAGGAAAGUUUUCUCCACGCGCUUCCUGCCUACCCGUGCCCUCCGGGCCCAGCUCCGGAGCCUUCGGAGCCGGCGCCGUCCCUGGCCAAGUCGUGGGAGACCCGUGCCGCGAUGCCUGGGGGCUGCUCCCGGGGCCCGGGCGCCGGGGACGCAAGGCUGCGGGUCGCGCGGCUGGCGCUGGUCCUGCUGGGCUGGGUCUCCUCAUCCUCACUCACUUCCCUGGCGACUUCCUCCACCUCCUCUGCAUCAUUCCUGGCCUCCGUGGUGUCAGCCCAGCCUUCGCUACCGAGCCACUGCCCGCCACCGUGCGAGUGCUCCGAAGCAGCACGGACAGUCAAGUGCGUUAACAGUGAUCUGACCGAGGUGCCAGCGGACCUGCCCCCUUACGUGCGCAACCUCUUCCUCACGGGCAAUCAGCUGGCAGUGCUUCCAGCCGGUGCCUUUGCCCGUGGCGCCCCGCUGGCCGAGCUGGCUGCCCUAAACCUCAGUGGCAGCCACCUGCAGGAGGUGCACGCGGGAGCCUUCGAGAAUCUGCCCAGCCUGCGCCAGCUCGACCUCAGUCAUAACCCUCUGCACAAACUCAGCCCCUUCGCGUUCUCUGGCAGCAAUGCCAGCGUCUCGGCCCCAAGCCCUCUGGUGGAACUGAUCCUGAACCACGUCCUGCCCCCUGUGGAUAAGGAGAAGUGGAGCAUCGAGAGUAUGGUGGCUGCUGCCCUGCGAGCUGGCCAGGCGCUGCGUGGGCUCCGCCGCCUGGAGCUCGCCAGCAACCACUUUCUCUACUUGCCCCAGGACGUACUGGUCCAGCUGCCCAGCCUCAGGCACCUGGACCUGCGCAACAACUCACUGGUGAGCCUGACUUUUGUGUCCUUCCGAAACCUGACACACCUAGAAAGCCUCCACUUGGAGGACAACGCCCUCAAGGUCCUUCAUAACGGCACCCUGGCAGAGCUGCAAGGCCUGCCUCAAGUCAGGGUCUUCCUGGACAACAAUCCCUGGGUCUGCGACUGUCACAUGGAGGACAUGGUGACCUGGCUCAAGGAGACAGAGUCAGUGCAGAGCAAAGCCGGGCUCACCUGCGCAUUUCCGGAAAAAAUGAGGAAUCGGGUCCUCCUGGAACUCAACAGCUCCGACCUGGAGUGUGACCCUAUCCUCCCUCCAUCGCUGCAGACUUCUUAUGUCUUUUUAGGUAUUGUUUUAGCCCUGAUAGGCGCCAUUUUCCUACUGGUUUUGUAUUUGAACCGUAAGGGGAUAAAAAAGUGGAUGCAUAACAUCAGAGAUGCCUGCAGAGAUCACAUGGAAGGGUAUCAUUACAGAUACGAGAUCAACGCGGACCCCAGGUUAACAAACCUCAGUUCUAAUUCGGAUGUCUGAGAAACACUCAAAGACAGAACAAGGACAACUGCAUGAGAUGUAGACUUAAUUAAGCUUUAUCCAGUCUUAGGCUUGCUCCACCUCUACCCUCCACUAUAGACACAGCUGACCUUGACUGAAAGCAGUGAAGGAAAUUUGCGCCCUUGUCAUGUAAAGUGUCUUGCUGUGGUCUGCUGAUGUAAGAUGAUGAACAAUUACAUAGCCUUUUACCCUCGUCCCUUUCCUGGAAAUCAACACAUGUGGAGGGAUUUUUCAAAUUUCAGCAUGAACUCCUGGCUGUCUGUUUCUCUUAGUACAGUUCAAGGUGUAACAAGUGUACCAACACAGAUAGCAUUCAACAGAAGCUGCCUCAACUUUUUUGACAAAAAUACUCUGUUCAUAAGUAUCAGUUUUAUUCUCAUGUACCUAAAUUGUGAAGAAAAUGAUUGCAUUCCGUAAACUGCCUGCAGACCUUAGCAAGCUCUUCAGAAUAACUCCAUAGUACACAGGAGCACCUGCAUCCGAGAGCAUGCUUACGUUCUACUGUUCUGCAUAUGACAAAAAAUAACUUGCAACUUCAGAUAACUUCUUUGACAAUUACUUUUUUGGUUGCAGUUUAUAUGAAACUAAACAAUUGUUUUACAAACUGCAUUGAGAUCCAACAGGCUAAAUUGUUAAAAAAUUCAAUAAAGGUUCUUAAAAGAA